AUAAUUUCAUUCUCACCUUCGUUCUCUUACAAAACCAACUAAUUUUCCCACCAUUUGCAACACAAAAUUUUGUUCUUCAAGAAAAACAGCCAACCCAUUACAACAACAACAACCAAACCCAUUACCAAUUUUUUGAAAAAGAUGCCACCUUUUUCACAAUCAAACCCCAUCUCAAAUGGGUUUUCACAAAUUCAUCAAAAAACUGAUAACCCAUCAACCAAUAGGUCCAAUAUCAUCACCAUUGAUGUUGGUGGCCAACUUUUUCAAACCACCAAACAAACCUUAACCAUAGCUGGUUCCAACACCAUUUUUUCUAAUCUUUUUGAUCAAAAUGAAAUCCCUUUUAUUGAUAGAGACCCUGAAUUGUUUUCAAUCCUUUUAUCUUUAUUAAGAACAGGAAAUCUUCCAUCAAAAGCCAAAAACUUUGAAAUCCAAGAUAUCAUUUUUGAAGCAAGAUUUUAUGGCAUUGAUGAUAUCCUUGUUCAAUCUCAAUCAAGCCCAUCUCAAUUUGAAGCUUUUGGCCUUGAAAAAUCAUUGCUUUUAUCACUUAAUGGCAGAGAUUCACCUUCUGCAAUUGCAGCAACACCUAAUGGGUCAGUUCAUGUUUCUCAUGGUAGCAAAAUCACAUCUUUUGAUUGGUCUUUACAAAGAAAGUCAACAACUUUGACCAGUUUUACAGCUAUUGAUUCUUUGUUAGCUUUGUCACCAAAUGUUGUGGCAGCUGGUGCUACAGAUUUUUCUGGGCUGCAGAUUCUUGAUCUUGAUUUGGGGUAUGUUAGACAAACAUUAAACUGGGAAAAUGUUACCAAGUCUAGCUCAACUGUUCAAGCCAUUGGGGUUUCUUCUGAGUUUUUGUUCACUAGUUUUGAGUCAGGUCGAAGGAACUCGAAUUCGAUUAUGGUUUAUGAUCUGAAUAGUUUUAAAGCUGUGUCUGAAAUUGCUCAUAAUGAAAUAUUUGGUGCUGAUCUUGACUCUGCAAUUCCAUCUACAAAGCUGAAUUGGGUUCCUAGUCUUAAUUUAUUAAUGGCUUCAGGGUCUCAUAGUGGUCCUUUGGGUGUUUCAGGAAAUAUAAAGUUUUGGGAUAUAAGAUCAGGGAAUGUAGUUUGGGAAAUGAAAGAAAAUGUUGAUUGUUUUUCGGAUAUAACGGUUUCAGACACUCUUUCGGCUAUUUUCAAGAUUGGUAUUAAUUCAGGAGAGGUUUCUUAUAUUGAUUUACGAAACUUUGGGACUUCUAACUCAUGGCAUUGUCUUGGUGAUGGCCGAAAAGUUAACAAUGGAAAGAAAGAAGGGUUUGGUUGCAAGAUUGAAACCCAUGGGAAUCAAGUUUUUUGUGGUAAUCAAGGGGAAUUAGAGUUAUGGUCAGAGGUUUUGAUGGGUUCAUCCAAGAAUGGAAAAGAUCGAAUCUUUAGGAGAAACACAUUAGGAAGAGCGAAGGAUUUGGGUGGAAAUAGGAUCACGAAUAUGUGUUUUGGAGGAAACAAAAUGUUUCUAUCGAGGAAGGAUCAGCAAUGUGUUGAAGUUUGGCAAAGCUCAGGCCUAGCGCGAAGAUUUUGAUCCUUUGAAGUGUUAAAGUUAUUUAUUUUAUAGCUAGCUAGUUUGUAAAGCUUAUGUUCUAUCGAUUGUUUGAUUUUAGUUCGAUUGCUAAUAAUAAAAGUAGUGAUCGUUACGGUUAAUGCCAGUAUUGUAUCCAACAAAUAUAUAAGUCGAAUUUGUUUUAUACUAA